GCUGCUGAUGCUGCUGCUGCUGCUAGAGAAAGAGCAGAGGAGUGGUGGUGUGUGUAUUUUAUAGUAUAGUAUUAGUAGUAGCUCGAACUCCGGCGUGAUCGCAGCGUGCUGUGUGCGCAGUCGACGAACCGAGAGUGAAGCGAGGGCUGACAAAGAUAGAAAGAGAAAUUGAGUGGAAAAGGAGCAAGAGUUUUUUUCCGCCCGCCGAGACAGCAGGACAGAAGCAGAGUGGGCCACGCUGUUAGUCUCCAAGCAUGACUACGGUCGGUGCCGGGGCCGCAGUGGAGAAGCCGCCUCGUGCAGCUGGCCAGAAGCAGCAGUUGUUAGCCGCGAGUCUCCCGGUGAACGUCGUCCUCAGGCCAGGUGGUCCAAGACUAGCGGUCGGCUGCGAGUCGCCGGUCGUCGUCGGAUGGCACUGAGCGGCUGCACUGAGCGGCCGGUGAUAAGACAAGAAGCAGCAGCGUCAGAGAUGAAGCAGGCUGCGGACGACAGUCGCACCAGGACGGAAACAGUGUCGAGGCACAGAAGUUUGUGCUGCCGCAGUUGUUGGUGGUUGUUGUUCUUGUUACUUGUGCUACUCAUGUUGACGGUGGACUCGGCGGCGGCCAGCUGCUCGCCGAAGCAGCUCCGCGUGCAGCAGUUCGAGGACGUCGGCGCCAAGGCCUACCUGUCGCCGGUCGUCUUCAAGGGUUACGUCAAGUCGCGCACGCCGGUCGACGCGCACGGCCUCUACGAGGCCUCCUUCCUCAUCCUCAAGCCGCUCAAGGGCUUCACGCACCCGCAGCCCAAGAAGCGGCGGCGGCGCCUCCAGUUCGAGACGCCGACCUCGUCCAACUCCGGCGUCGCCUGCCGGCAAGGCGUUGUCGCCGCGCUCGAUGUCAACGCCACGUACCUCGUGUUCGCCGAACGCGCCUCGCAGCACCAGUUCAGGCCGCUGGCGCCGCCGCUGCUGGCCACCAAGCGCCACGAGGACGCGGUCGAAGGGCUCCUCGGUCCCACAUUCAAAAUCAAGUAUCCGACGGUCACACUGCAGAAUGUCACAGUCGGGACCAAGCUCAAGCUGAAACUCACCUGCCACUACGACGGCAACCCGCUGCCCCUGAUCGAGUGGUACAAGCGGGGAAGGCGGAUUGAGCCCACGAAAAGGACCAAAAUUGUAAAUAGAAAGCGGCGGUCGGUGCUGACGAUCGCGCGAGUGUCCGACAAAGACGCCGGCUGGUAUGAGUGCAAGGCGGUGUCGGUUACUGAGGUCAUAGCGUGUGCGUCCGCUCAUGUUACAGUCAAUAAUGAGCACGGACCGGUGUUUCCACCACCGAAAUUCAAACCACCCACUUUUCAACCACCAACGCGAUUCGGCGAAAAUACGACGCUAAACCCAUCUCACAAUCCGUACGAGUCAUCGCUGUGCCCGGUGGACUCGUAUUGUUUAAAUGGAGGAACGUGUCUCUUUUACGAAGUUGUGGGAGAGCUAGUGUGCAAGUGUGCUGAAGGGUACAAAGGAAAGCGUUGCGAAAACAAGGAUUUUUACAACCGAGGCAGUAGUCGAGGUGCGGGGACCCUGCUGCGCGGGGCCCGAGAACGUAGCGUCGGCAGAUUGGCGGGGCCCUCCGGUGGCGUUCUGCACGGCUUGGGCGCGGCCCACCUCUCCUUCUCUACCUUUAAUCACGCUUCCGUGUGUGAUGCUGCCGUUGUUUAGACGUGCACAACCCCUACACGCAGUCUCUUAACUCGCGGCAAGCCAUCUAAUCAAUGCCCCAAAGCGAUAACCAAGGAAAGCAACCACUAAACACACACAAAACCCUCCGCCAAUCCAUCCAUCCAUCGACUUUUAUGAUCUCAACCCCCUGAUCCUGCAUUCCCAGAUCCGUUGAUUUCCUCUCGCUGAGACGCUAACCGAAAGCCUUUUAUUGCCUGCUGUUUCUCUUUUCGCUCUCACUCCCCCUGCUCUCUCACUCUCUCUCUCUCUGUCUAUAUCUCUAACCUCUAAUCUCUAAGUGUAAGGGACUCGACUCCCUGGUAAAAGCGCACAUUUAGUGAUUUAGUAAUUAACAAACGUAGGUGUGUUUGUCCAGCAAAUUAAUAGUCUCACUAAUAACUUGUCAGCCAAAUAACUUAGCUCGCGCACACUCUGUGUUUUUGCUCUUAAUACUCUUCUCUCUCUUUCUCUCUCAAUGUGUAUUCUCGUGUUUAAAAAGAAAAUGGUGCUGGAAAACUGUCUUUGAACUCUAUGGGUGGAGAAUGAGAAAAGUUAUCUAGGAAAACACAAUCGAGCUUCUGACUGGUAUGGGAGCUACUGCUGCUGCUUUCGAAAGCCAUCCCUCCUUUUAAUAAAUAAAGAACUUCACACAUUUGGUUUAUAGUUAUCCAUAAUUGUCAUCUUUUUGGAAUUAAUUUUGGGCUGCAGGCAUUAUUAACUUCACAUUAACCUAAUUGAUAUUAAUUUAACUUGCAUUUUUGUGUCUUUCGCCAAGAAGGGGCUGUUUCAGAUUUUACGAAACCCUUAACUCUCAACUUAUUGACGCAGUUUAUCAAAUUAAUUAUCACAAAAAAAAUAAACAAUUCCGCCUGUUAAAUCUCUAUCAUCCCACUCUUCCACUUCCCCAAUCGAAUGAACGCCCUUGAUGACUCGACAGAAAGAAGAAGGACGUUUUUUCGGAGGCGACAAUAGCCAGCAGCAGCAGCAGUCGCAGCAGCAACAGGCCGCCGCCCUUAGAGCGCGGCCACCCCUGCGCCGCGCCGCGCCGCACCGCAGAGUGUUCGAUUGUCUCGCCUCUACGAACCGUUCCAAAGGAUUUUCUCUGCAGAACCUCGCCUCGGAGAGUCCCCGACCGGGGUCCAAGGCCCUCGCCACGCUUUCGCACCCCCAAAGUAGCCCGGCGCAAUGUGAAUAAUACAGGAAGUUCAAUGUAGCUGCCGGGCGAAAUCAUUUCAGCUGUCCCCACGAACAAAUGAAAUCUUAAGAGGAAAAGGCCCCUUUGAGGUUCUCUUCAGUUGACACGAAUAAAGGAAACGAGCGCCACUUCAACCGAUGGAUUGUUUACCAAUGUGAAAAAAUGAGAGAAGACCCUGGAAGUGGGGCCGCAGUGAGGCAAGAGAUUAUGAAAAAUUGUUGGAAAUUGUUGAUGCGAACGAGAAGGAAUUCAGUAUGAAAUCUGUAAGCAUACCAAAGACUUAAUAAUCGUGUAUUAUAAAUUAUGUAUAAAAUGUGGACAUUGUUGAGAUGCUGAGAGUAACUAAGAGAAAAAAAUGAAGUAUUCGAAUGUGCCAUGACGAGUGAUAAUUUUAAAAUGAUGGUAUUUGUGUACAAUAAAUUAUAUAUUAAUAUACUUGUGGAAAAGUGAAAUUGCAGUGAGAGAAGUCAAAGUGAUAUACGAAGUAAUGACAAAGUAGGAAAUAUUUAAAGAGAAAGAGACCUGAUGGAAAACAAUGAAUCGACUAUCUAUAUCGAUUAUCCAAUGGAAAACGCGAAAAAAACAACCACAAAGUUGCAAGCCGAAACGACAUCACAGGUACCGAGAUCAAAAAAAAGUUAUAGGUUAUUGACUAAUGUUGAACAAGCUGGCGCUGAACUAAUAAAUUAAAUACUCUCCCAAAUUCAUUACUCCGUAGCGAUUGUUUUUUGAGUUUCAAAGACCAAAUAUAUUUAACUGUUGACACCAGAGACUAGUUGUUCCAGCUUGCUAGGGUCUACGAGCUGUUGAUUAGCGAGCUAAUUGAGGAAAUGUUGCAGUCACUCUGUUAGAAGUAGUCUCAUAUAUUACUUAUCUGUCUGUUUAGACCAGUAAUAAUUCCAAACAUUCUCAAAGAAAAAUCGUAAUUGUUAACUCAAGAUGGUAAUUUCUUUGUGAGGGGCGGACUGUGUGAAAGAUUGGCAUUACUUCUUGUUAAAAUUGUAAACUGUAAUUGAGUCAAUCACAGAGUUGCCUUGAAAGGGAUAAAUUUUUUAUUAAAAAAAAGAAAGAAACCAUCUCUGCAGUCUGUUCCUGGUUUUGUGAAACUUAAAUGGCUGCUUUUUGUGUGCUUGAUCAAAACUUAGGCAGGCUUUGAAGUAGCUCGUGUCUUUUCUUGUUGCUCCAUCAGAAACAUAGAGCUGUAUUUAACGGAAGGAAAGCGAACUAUCACCACAAUAAAAUAUAAUAUUGAUUUUUGCAUUUAUGAAAAUAAAAUAGAAGUGAUUUGUAUCUAAACUGAAGAAUGACAAGUGUAUUGUUUGAUCCAACUCGAAAAAUUUAUAUUCGUGGUUGAUUUGUACUUUGUUUUCACUUUUAUUUUUUCAUGGAAAAGUUCCUUGUCUCUUUAAUUCAGAAUGUACUUGCGAACCACAUGAUGAAAUAUCCAUGGUUUUACUGUUUUCUCACUAUUGUCAAAGCUUUUGAAUCUUAGCUGCUAAAUUUAGACAUGGAGGAAGUGUCUAUUGUUAAAUGUUUGAUGUAAAUAUGCAAAUAGAAAAGAAAUAAAUUAUAAUAGCUUGUAACAUA